AUGGAACCACUUGCAUUGAAAGAAGCUGAUGCUGAUGAUCAUAAUAAAGAAGAGGCCCAAGACACCAAAGCUGCAGAUUUCGAAAAAGAAAAAAAGAUAAAUAGGCAUCCAGCAGAAUUUAAUGAAAAGGCAAAAGUGAUCCAUACGCCACAGCCAAAAAAAUUCAUAAAAUCCAAACAUCCAGAAAAAGGCGAAAUAACCCCAAAUGAAGGAAUGCAAAGACCCGAAAUGGUAAUGCCUGAGAUGAAAAAGCACCCAAUGGAAAAACCCGAAAUGGUAAUUCCUGAGAUGAAAAAGCACCCAAUGGAAAAACCCGAAAUGGUAAUGCCUGAAAUGAAAAAGCACCCAAUGGAAAAACCCGAAAUGGUAAUACCUGAGAUGAAAAAGCAUCCAAUGGAAAAACCCGAAAUGAAAAGUGUCCCGAUGGGAAAACCAGAAAUGAAAAAGAUCCCAAUGGGAAAACCAGAAAUGAAAAAGAUCCCAAUGGGAAAACCAGAAAUGAAAAAGAUCCCAAUGGGAAAAUCCGAAGUGAAAAAGGUUCCAAUGAAAAAGAUCCCGAAGUACCCCCAGGAGGAAUCAGGCAACAAGAACAGGUAUACCCAAAAGAACCGCCCCAAGAAGAAGUUCACCAAGAACAAAUCUACAAAGGAGACCAUCAAGGGGAAAUGCAACAAGCAGAAAUGCAACCAGCAGAAAUGCAACAGCUUGAAAGUAUGCACCAUCAACAAAAUGUUAGGCAAAGAGGUGAAGGAGCUUAUGUUUCUAAUAAAACACCAUCUGUAA